GGUAUAUGAAUUCUGAUGAAAUGAUUUAUUGGAUUGAAAAUGUUUGGAAUUGUCGAGCUCGCUUGUCUAUUAAUCCUUACAAUGCAAGCGAUAGUGAGAGCAUUAUAGAUUUAACCCUAAAUGAUAAUAACGAAAAUGAUGGUGGCAGUAAUAGCUUGGGUGAAGAAAACAGAAAUGAUAAUAAUAAUGAAAAUGGCUCAAAUGAAG